UCUGAAGAUAACUAUUCCAGACUGAAGAGGACAUAUCUCUCUAACCGGCGUAGUAACCGUGAUGGGUUUCUCGCCUCGACUCCUCAGGCAGCCGCAAGAGCGGAAAAGCCACAGCUUUAGACCAAAGACGACGCACAUCCACAAUGCCCUUUCCGCAUCACCUACAACUACUCGAAUUUCUUGAGCCGUUGCUGUAUGACGUAUCUUUCUACUUACACUUCCGCCUCGAGUAGCCAGAGAUUAGCCUAUAUGCCCCAUUGCCUUGCAUACUAUAAUUAUUCCUAAUUUCAACCCCGCGUCCGAUCAUCGGCAUACCAAUCCAUACCUCCAGUCUCUCGGUAUAGAUCCGAUCCCAAGGCACUUGCUAUAUCUCCAUCGAAUCUCUACUUCUCGCUGGACAAAGUAUCCACCAACAGAAUGCCUUACCUCUCAGGUCUUGACUCAGAGAUCUCCACGAGCAAUGCCUUCGAGAAACUCGUCCAGGAUUUAAGUGCCACUCUAGGCCCAAGCUCCGGACUAGAUUCCGACGAUGUCAAUCCGGUAGACAUCCAGCUUCUAAUGGAGCGGUACAAGUCCAACCCCGAAGAGUGGCUCCCGUUUGCCUUGGGCGACCCCAGCAAGAACUAUACGCGGAAUCUCAUCGACGAGGGGAAUGGUAAAAGUAACCUGCUAAUCCUAGUCUGGAGUCCCGGUAAAGGGAGCGCCAUCCACGACCACGCCGGUGCGCAUUGUGUCAUGAAGAUCCUUCAGGGCUCGCUUCAAGAGACAUUGUACGCCUGGCCGGACAAGAACAAGCUCCAACAGGGUCAAACGUCCCCUCCCAAGGUCACCAAGGAGACUACCUUCGGCGAGAACCAGGUCACCUAUAUGUCUGAUAAGCUCGGCCUCCACAAAAUCGCCAACCCCGAUCCUAACAACUUCGCCAUCUCUCUCCACCUAUACACCCCACCCAACGCAUCAACCAACGGCUUCUCCAUCUUCAACGAAAUAACUGGCAAAGCAAGCCACAUCAAGCAAAGCAACUUCUACUCCGUCCGAGGAGAGCGUCGACCCGCCAUUCAACAUGCCCAAACAGAUAAAUCUUCAGCAUGAUUAAUCGCAGUUGCAGUCCUCUUUCUAUGGGCUUCUCUCCCUUCGGCCGAUACGAUAAUGAUUCAUUCUUACUUUCGAGUUUGGUUCGAUUAGCGUUUGAUUUUUUUUUAUUCGUAUAGAUUUUUCUGGUGUGAUGCAUUGUUAUGACUUGGUAUGCAUAGGUUAGAAUUGUAUAGAAUGAAUGGAGUUGGGUUGGGUUGGGUUGGGUUG